AUGGCGACUGAGGCUACCAGCUGCGUGCGGCGGGACCAGCGGGGAGAAACCCAGCGGCAGUUGAGCCCUUUUCGCGCCUUCUGCCAGGCGUGGCUGGCGCGAAGCCCCCGCAGGCUGGAGGCCGCGGCGGCCCUGCGCGAUGCCCUGGCACUCUUGGAGCUCUUGCCGCCGCGCCCUGACCACAUGCUGCAGGAAGGGGGUCCUGCUGUCAUCCUUUGCGCGUUCUACCCGAAGCACGGCGGGGACACAGACACCUGGAAGUCCAUUGUAGCGCAUGUCCUGCCGGAUUUUAUUGCGCUCUCCGACCACCGACUCGUCAUGGCAGAGGUGCCCUGCCAGUUCACGGCCCCGUGGGCGGCGGGCUACGGGAGGGUCGCCUGGACGUCCGGACCCAGGUGGGACGAGGGCCUGAGGGAAAUCUCCGGCACCCUCAGUGCGCUGAGCGAGAGCGUGGAAGCAAUUACAUGCGCCCCUUGGCUUCAGCCACCGUGGUUCGGAGGCAGGGCCAGCAGAGUGCAAAGGCGCGCCGUGGUUAACGUUGCGGCUUGGGCUCGCGAUGCCGCCUACACCAUGGUGGGACACGCAGCGGGUGCCACCAAGGUGAUAGGGGGCAAGCGUCGCCUCUCGCAGACCACUGCGCGUAGGUUGCUGAACCCAGCGUGUUUCACCUCGCAUCAAGAGUUUAAGCUUGAAGUUGCGCGCGCAGCGUGGGGGGAGCGUAGGAGAGCCGUCCACCGCUAUUUGCAUUUGCGCGAGGCCAACCCCGGGGCCGCGGAGAGGUUCCUGUCGAGCUUCUUCCAGGUGCGCACCCGUUUUGAGGUGAGGCUGUCGGACCCGUCCACGGGGGCCGCGCUUACGCCCAGUGCGAUGGUUGAGGCUGUUAGGCAGGAUCUGUUUGCACGCGAUCGCAAUGACUUUGAGCAGGAUCCGGGGGCCGAGGAGGCCAUGGCACGGCAGGUUUCUUUGAUCCGCAGCGCGGGUGCCCUCGAAGGCGCACCAGCCCGAGCUCCACCUUACACGGAUGACGAGCUGCGGCAUGCGCAGGGCCUCCACACUUGGUGGGCUCUAGCAGAUGGCAAGUGGGCUUUCGACGUGGCGUCCCGCCACGCCAUGUUGGUGGGCGUGUACAACGCCGGAGUCCGCGGGCCUGAUUGGCUCAUUUUGGACGACGUGUUGGCGCAAGACCAUCAGUGCCUGUCUUUGCAUGGGCUGCUGAGCCCCGUUUUUAUGCUUUCGCGCGGUACAGCUCAGGGCAGGCGGUUUUCUGUGCACGCUUUUAACACCCAGCUCCGUGGGCUUGCGGAUGACAUCGCAAAAGUGCUCCCGGAGGGGUGCAGCACGAUUGUGCCUCCAUUUGCUAGGGCAGCGCUCCUUGACGCGGAGGAAGUCACGCCGUCGGCGCAAUGCGUUGAGCCGCCGCGGGGGGAGCUGCAGCUUGACGGGGUCGUGCAGGAGGUGUCGCUUUUGGCGGCGGCUGAGGAGUCGCCGUGGCCCCAGGCGAGGCGCUUCCUGCGCGGCGUCCUCAGCGCGCUGUCGUCGCAGGCUGAUCGGGUUGCCGUGACAGAGCGUUUGGGGGCUUACCACGUGGAGUCACCGCAAUUCGUGGAUGACAUCACAACGCCCUGCCCGUCAGAGGGGGCCGUUAGGGCCGUUCUGUCGGAGGAAGAGUGGUCGGCGCGCAGCCGAUACGCACGGCGCGUGAGGGCCCGCUUCAACUAUGAUAGGGGGAAGACGGCAGUCCUGCCCCUUCUGGACGCCCCCCCGCCCUUGCUAGCUGGAGCCCCUGUGGUGCGCGCGAAAGGGCUUCUAGGAGUUCUAGUGGACUCGGGCCUCACGUUUCUGCCGUUGCUGCACAGUACGCUCGCGAGGGGCAGGUCGCUGUUUGACGAACUUUUGCAGGCGGCGGAGUGCGGGGGCUUCUCCAUCCCAGUUGCCGCAGCUCAAGUCCCUCCCCGCAUUGAGUCGGUAAUCCUAUACGCUUCCCCGUUGUUGGCCCUAGCCGAGGGGGCUGAAGCGGCCCUCAACCGCUUACAGGUAGAGUGGGGCCGCAAGCUGCUGGGCUGCAAUGCUGGCCCGCCCGUGCGUCACAGCGCUGGGCACGAAGUUUCUUGA